AUGAAAUCUUCAGCGUUUUCUUCUUUUGUUUUGCAACAAAAUGUAAUUUAUCCAACACCUUGUAGCAAAAAGUUUGGUUCAAUGGGUUGGGGAAGCAUCUACAUCAGACGCAUGAAAGUUUUCUCAUUGGCACUUCUAAUCUACUUAGACUAUAAGGCAUUAAAGCACAGGGAGAAAUGGAUAAACAGCUCUGAAAGAGCAGGUUUAUGGGAGAAAGCUCAUGAGCGAAAUGCUAAACGUAUUGUUAAUUUGAUUAUAGAGCUGGAAGGUUUGUGGGUGAAAAUGGGGCAAUAUUUCUCCGUGCGUGCGGACGGGCUUCCUGGUGCGUACCCACGCCAUCUGAAACAGUUACAGGACUCACUUCCUCCUCGCUGCUUAAAAGAGGUUCAGAAAACUAUACAGAAGGAGAUGGGGAAAUCAAUAAAUGAUAUAUUUACAACUUUUGUUGAGAAACCCCUUGCAACAGCAUCAAUAGCACAAGUUCAUCGCGCAACACUACGUGAUGGGAAAGAGGUGGUUGUUAAAGUUCAACAUGAAGGCAUCAAGACAAUAAUCUUGGAGGAUUUGAAAAAUGCUAAGUCAGUAGUAGAGUGGAUAGUUUGGGCAGAACCAAAGUUUAAUUUCAACCCAGUUAUAGAUGAAUGGUGUAAAGAAGCACCCAAGGAACUAGACUUCAACAGGGAAGCUGAAAAUACUAGAAAAGUCUCCAGUAAUCUUUGCUGUAAAAAAGACUGUUUGGACAAAAAACCUGAGCACCGUGUUAAAGUGCUGAUGCCUGAAGUUAUUCAUUCAACUGAACGAGUCCUCAUUCUAGAGUACAUGGAUGGUGUACGCCUGAACGAUUCCCCUUCAUUAGAUAAACUUGGUGUUGACAAGAAAAAUAUUGUUGAAGAAAUUACACGCGCGUAUGCACAUCAAAUCUUUAUUGAUGGAUUCUUCAAUGCUGAUCCGCAUCCCGGUAAUUUCCUUGUGACCAAGUCAAGUCCACAUCAUCCAAUUCUACUUGAUUUUGGAUUUACAAAAUUGCUUUCUAGCUCCAUGAAACAUGCUGUAGCAAAAAUGUUUCUGGCAUCUGCUGAGCUUGAUACUUUUACAGGUGAAAUUAUAUUGUUCUUGCGUGUGCUUAAUUUGCUUGCAGGGCUUUCUGCAGCAUUGAAUGUGAGUGUUAGCUAUUAUAGAAUCAUUAGACCCUUUGCUGAAUCUGCUCUUGACUGUGACCCACAUGAGAAAAAAGUAGAUAAAGCAGAAUGGAUAUGUGACACCCCUGUUAAUUCUCAAGUAGAAAAGAAACUGAGGGCUUUAUUAGUUAAACUCGGGAAUGCGGAUAAAAUACUUGGAAUUCAGGUUUGUGCCUACAAAGAUGGAGAAGUGAUAAUUGAUACAGCUGCAGGGGUACUUGGAAAUUAUGAUCCUUCUCCUGUUCAACCUGAUACCUUAUUUCCUGUUUUCUCAGUAACAAAGGGGGUUACAGCUGGAAUGUUACACUGGCUUGUAGAUAAAGGGAAAGUGGGACUUGAGGAUAAUGUUGUAGACAUCUGGCCAGAUUUCAGUUCAAACAGAAAAGAAUCAAUAAAAGUUCAUCAUGUACUGAAUCAUACAUCUGGAAUGCAAAAUGCUCUGGCCAGCCUUGUGCAAGAUAAUCCAAUGGUGUUAUGCAAUUGGGAUGAAUGCUUGAAACGCAUUGCCAUGGCAGAAGCAGAAUCAGAACCUGGUCAAGAUCAGCAAUAUCAUUACCUAUCUUAUGGUUGGCUUUGUGGUGGCAUCAUUGAGCAUGCAUCUAAUAAAAAGUUUCAAGAUAUCCUUCAAGAAGCUUUCAUUAAUCCGCUCAACAUUCAAGGCGAACUUUACAUCGGAAUCCCUCCAGGUGUGGAAUCACGACUUGCGACACUAACCCUAGAUACAAACGAUCUGAAUAGAUUUGCAGAAAUCGAUAGCCCUACCUCGAUCUCAAGCCCGACCUCUCUCUCUAGUUCCAGUUCUUCCUCCAUAUUCCAGCUCGAUGUCCUCUCCGGUUUAGUUCCGUUAUUCAAUACGCUCAAUGUCCGCCGUGCGAUAUUACCUGCCGCCAACGGCCACUGCUCAGCUCGUGCACUCGCCCGCUACUACGCCGCCCUUGUCGACGGCGGUGUUGUCCCACCGCCUCAUUCCUCCUCAUCGCAACCACCAUUAGGAAUCCACCCUCAGCUUCCCGGAUCUAUUUCCAUAGCAAUUGCCGAUAAAAAGAAAGGUGGAAAAAAGAAAAAGCCAAAGAAGGAACCAAAGUGUUCCGGAUCCAAUUGUACGAUAAAUCCUGAAAACCCUAGUUGCAGCGACGAUGUUGACGGGGUUCAUAAAAUUUUCAGCAAUCAAAAAGCGAAAAUCCAUGAUUCAAUUUUGGGGAUUGGUGAGUAUGAGAAAUUGGUUUUUCCAGAUGGGAAAUUUGGGCUUGGAUUCAAGAGGGAAUACACGAGAGAUGGGAUUCUGAUCGGAUUUGGGCAUGCGGGGUUGGGUGGAUCGACGGCGUAUUGCGAUAUAAGCAACAGGUUUGCCAUUUCUGUGACUCUAAACAAGUUGUCGUUUGGGUCUGUGACUAAAGACAUAAUUCAGUUGGUGUGCUCGGAGUUGAACAUUCCGGUACCGGAGGAAUAUGCAGAGUGUAGCUUCACGUCCAUCAAUUGAAGGAUAAAAUAGGUACUUCACUUCAUGUCCAUAUAACUUGGGCAUCGAUCGAUCCAAAUUUUAAAAUUUAGGGGUUCCAAUAAAGAGAUGACUAGAAGAAGUGUGCGACGUAGUUUUGAAAGAGUUUUGUUUAGUGUGAUCACCAAAGGCGAGCCAUUCUAUCAAAUCUAGCAGUAUCGGGAACCACAGUAGGCUAUAUAAGAAUUGUUGAUAGUUUGUCUAUUUAAUUUGUGUGUCGUAGUAAAAGGAUGAUUCAUUGGCCAUGAUAUGUUAAUCUAAUUAUGUUAAUGUGGAAUAUAGAGCUUCUUCAACCA